UUAGUUAACGCCGUAUGACGUUGGGGUUGUAGGCGUUCUUUCGUCGGGAAUCAAGUGAAAUACGGAAUACUUCUUUUGAUCACCAUGGCCUUUCAAACGCAAUGUUGUAUAUUGUUCUUGAUCUCCAUAACAAUUACAGCAGGCGUCCCCGCCCCACGUCAAAAUGGCGAUACAGCGAUAUCCCCCGGCUGUUCCCCCUGUAGAACUCCUAAGCACCUCCCAGAUGAAUGUAUAUACAGGGUCUUGACACGUAACCCAAGCACAGGAACAAUCUGCCCCUACUGCAUCAACUUGUGUCGAUCCACAAUGAGAAGUACAGCCAGCUCUAUCAUCCCUGGGGCAGUCAGUACCAGUAAAAACGCAUUAACAAAAGAACCUGUUAAAUCUAAAUCUGUUGAUUCGACCAAAUCUAAAACUCGUAAAUCUAAAACGAAACCAAAAACUACCAAAAAAUCAAAAUCAAAAAGUAAAUCCAAACGAAAAUCUUCAAGAAGGAGGAAGAGCAAUAAAAGUUCAGGAAGGUCGAAAUCCAAAGCAGCAUCUGGAAAGGUCGCAACUAACAUGCAGGCACAUGUUAUGAAAGACAAUAUUGUAAACACUAAAUCGAUGGAACCUGGAAAGGUCGCAACUAACAUGCAGGCACAUGUUAUAAAAGACAAUAUUGCAAACAAAGCUAUGGAACCGAGUUUAAUCAACAAUUCGCCUUCAGUUCAACUUUCUUACGGUGAAUCUCCGCCAGAAAAGGUAGCUCCUUUGGUGCCAUCGUCCAAUGCCGAAAUGUCACCUGAUGGAAUAGCACAAUGGAAGACUCCGAAAGAAAAUUCGCGUGGAUCCAGGAUGCAGUCUAUGACACAGCAAACCAGUGUCAUGGAUCCGUAUGCAAAUGAGGCACUGCUUCAACCAGAUACCAUAGGCAGAUCUUAUUUGUCAGACACAAAAUAUAGGUCAAAUAAAAGAUAUGGCGGUCGAGCUCGUCCAAUGACCAGACAGGGUUAUUACACAACCAAUCAAAGACAAGUGUACCACGAUCCUAGGCCGGGGGCAUGGAAUGAUGGUCAUUAUGGUAACAAUGGAUACGAUUACAGACAGGAUGGUGACGGAAGUGACGACAGAAGCAACGAUAGUAACGACGAUUAUUAUCACACUGGCCCUUUAGUACCUCAAAGGUCACGUGGUGAUGAUAGCAGCAGUGAUGACAACAAUGACAGUUUUAGCAGUGAUAGUGGAGAAUCCGGCGGAGGAGGAAGCUCUGAAAACAGAUCUGACAGAUAAUGACAUUGGUAGUAAGACAUAAUUGAAUUGUUAAAAAGUUGUAUAUACACCUGUUAUAGUAGUUGUACACAUUCAUAAUGUUUCCUAGAGAAUUGUGUUUUGUAAAAAAAAAUUAAUCUAUGUUGAUUAAAUGUAGUAGUGGCAAAAUGUCAUCGUAAACGUUGGUUAGCGGGUAAAUUAGUAGUACUAACGUACAGAUACAGUGCAAUAUCAUUCUGUUUUUUAUGGAAUUGUUUAUUAUGCAAAAACUCAUCAACGUCUGCAUAUGGUUUCAUCGCCACCUCACAAAUGGCAUCAGCAUAAGUAUUUGAAAAUACAAAUUGUAGACAAUA